GUAUUGUACCGGCACAGAUGUGCUUGGAGCUUAAACUGCCAGAGUGUUCCCCUCCUCCUGUUUCAAACAUGUUUAGAUCUCAACAAACCCAUCAGGAUCACGGCCUUCUCCCGGAAACCCAAGCUCCCCUUCGGUCAGAUCUUCCGAGUGCUAGCUCUACCUGGAUAAUUUUCAGAUGAAGCGGCCGUUUUACCCUCAUCCCAGCUUCUCAUUGGCGACCACAGCUCCCACCCGCCCUGUCAAACAUUCAAGCUUAAUUCCCUAAGCUCUGUCGAUCACUAGGCUGCAAGGAAAGGGAUCCUGAUGGGUGUGAUAUUCAGAUCGCCGGCAGGGGGUCCUGCGUGUGACGAGUCGUGCCCGCGGUCCAUGCUCUGCUGCACCGAGAUCAGCUGGUCUGACGGGCAGACGGGGUAGUCUAGAUGCUGAUGGUGUCCAACGGCAGCUUCGCUACCCGGGCCUUGUCGAGGUUGUAGACUUCAGGCUGGAAACCUGCGGACAUGAGGGGCUGAACGAAGGUGUCACUAGGUUCCCGGGAGGGCUCCGGGCCGGAGACGCGAGGAGAGACGCGGAUAUAUAUGUAUUCGACGGCCCACCGUGAAGGCUCUAGCCUGGGCGUGAUAGAUUCGUCUCUCGUCUCUCGUCUUCCUCUUCUCCUUCUCCAGGUCCGGUACCAUCUUCUCCAGCCGUCUUCUGCGAAGAUGCGUUUCUCACAAGUUUUGUCCACCGCAAUUGCGGCCGGCGUUGCCACCGCCGAGCCACUGGCUAACGUGCUCGCUGCGAACAACAACACCCUGAGCACCUUGAACUCUAUCCUGGCCGGCAUGCCACAGUUUACACAAGCUUUGACCACAAUUAGCAACAUCACCAUUCUUGCCCCUUCCAACGACGCCUUCGAGAAGGCCAUGAAGGCCAUGCCAGGCCUCACCAACGACAUGAAUAUGGUCACAGCGCUCCUGCAGUACCAUGUCAUGUCAGGGGUAAUGAUGUCGACGGCUUUCACCGAGACGCCCAAAUUUGUGAGCACAUUCAUGGGAAUGCCAUUCUCCAUGGUAACUGGCAAUCAGAAGGUUGAGCUGGUCAAGAUGGAAAACAUGGCAAUGAUCUUUUCCGGCUUCAAGCAGAUGAGCAGUGUCACCAAGGCAGAUAUUGCAUUCGACGGUGGCGUUGUACACGUUAUCGACAAGGUCCUCACCAUCCCAAUGUCCCCGUCCGUCACCGCCACCGACAUGGGCUUGACCUCACUCGCUGGCGCGCUGACCAAGACAAACAUGGUAAUGGCCGUGGACAGCCUGUCGGACGUCACCAUCUUUGCGCCAUCGAACAAGGCCUUCGAGAACAUUGGUUCGGCAGCCGAGAGCGCAUCCGUGAUGGAUUUGUCGACAAUCCUGUCAUAUCACGUCCUGCAUGGUGGCGACAUGGCCAUGUUCUCGACUAACCUGCUCAUGGGGAGCAGCGCCAUGUCUGGAACCACGAUGGCUAUGCCCGGCAUGGCAAACAUGCCAAUGCGAAGGCAGUCGAUGAACAGCACCCCCAUGACAUUCGCAACGCUACAAGGUGGGAACGUAAACGUGCGAAUGGAAAAUGGCAAGGUCUUUGUCAACUCGGCCCAGGUCACAAUUGCGGAUAUUAUCACCUCCAACGGCGUCAUCCACGUCAUUGACAACGUGCUCAACCCCAUGAUGGCCGAUGCUAUGCCAAAUCCAACUGCCACAACCCAGACUCCCGCCUUCUCUGGGGCCACACCUGUUCAAGAUGCUCCGUUCACGGAGGGUAUUUCGCCGACGACGACGAUCACGGCUGGCGGCAUGACUGGUGGAGCUGGUGUUUUCGCCGCAAUGCCCACAGCUGCUUUCCUGGGGGCUGUAGGAGGUGCGGCGUUGUUGGCAGGGCUUUAGAUAUGCCUGG